AAACGCGAGGAAGAAAAAGGGGCAGGGAAAAAAAGAGACAGAAAGGGUCGCGGAAGACGCGUGGUAUAAAUGGGGGCGGGACGACGGCAGAUGCUUCUUCGGGUCCGUUGUUUCGAUCAUUCUUCGUUUUCCUAGUCGGGGAAACAGGUUGAGGCUUCCCCGAGAAGCUUCGAACUCGAGGAUAAGUGUGGUCGAUCCCUUUCCCUCCCCCCUUCCCUCGAUUCACAGCCGGAUGAUUCGUUCUCGCCCACUCUGAAUCUCUCUCUCUUUCUGUGCGCUGCUAGGCCGCCAUUUCCAAUUUUAAAUAAGGAUGGAGUUUCCUUAUAUGGAAGCCGUUCUAGGUUUUAUGAUCUUAAUGUACAUUUUUGAGACGUAUUUGGACAUGAGACAGCAUUCUGCUCUGAGGCUCCCCACCCUUCCUAAACCAUUGCUAGGGGUGGUCAGUCAGGAAAAAUUUGAGAAAUCACGUGCUUACAGCCUUGAUAAGAGUCGCUUCCACUUUGUUCAUGAGGCCUUUACAAUUGCGAUGGACUCAUCAAUCUUGUACUUUGGUGCAUUGCCUUGGUGUUGGAAGAAAUCAGCAGAUCUUUUAAUAUCCAUGGGCUUGAACCCUGAGAAUGAGAUCCUUCAUACACUGGCAUUCUUGGCUGGUGUCAUGCUUUGGUCACAGAUAAUUGAUUUGCCGUUCUCACUGUACUCGACCUUUGUAAUUGAGGCUCGCCAUGGCUUUAAUAAACAAACGAUUUGGUUGUUCUUCAGAGACAUGUUCAAGAGCAUGUGUUUAUCGCUUGUGCUUGGUCCACCUAUUGUGUCUGCAAUAAUCGUAAUUGUGCAGAAAGGAGGACCGUACUUGGCAAUAUAUCUUUGGGCAUUUGUAUUUGUGCUGUCUCUUGUGAUGAUGACCCUAUAUCCUGUCCUGAUAGCACCACUGUUCAAUAAAUUCACCCCUCUUCCUGAUGGAGAUCUCCGUCAAAAGAUUGAGAUGCUUGCUGCAUCGUUAAAGUUCCCUCUGAAGAAAUUGUUCGUAGUUGAUGGAUCCACAAGAUCAAGCCAUAGUAAUGCAUAUAUGUAUGGCUUUUUCAACAACAAGAGAAUUGUUCUUUAUGAUACAUUGAUUCAACAGUGUAAAAAUGGGGAGGAAGUGGUUGCUGUCAUUGCUCACGAACUGGGGCAUUGGAAACUCAACCAUACCAUGUACUCUUUCAUUGCUGUUCAGGUUCUCACGUUUUUGCAGUUUGGGGGUUAUACGCUUGUGAGGAACUCGAAGGACCUAUUUCUUAGUUUUGGUUUUGAAACACAGCCUGUACUUAUUGGGCUUAUCAUUUUUCAGCACACGGUAAUACCGCUUCAGCAUCUUGUGAGUUUCGUUCUUAAUCUUGUUAGCCGUGCAUUCGAAUUUCAGGCUGAUGCUUUUGCAAAGAAGCUUGGGUAUGGUGCACCACUGCGAGCAGGUCUAGUGAAACUUCAGGAGGAAAAUCUUUCAGCCAUGAAUACAGAUCCAUGGUACUCUGCUUACCAUUAUUCUCACCCACCUCUAGUUGAGAGGCUAGCUGCUCUGGAUGCUCCUGACAAGAAAGAAGAUUAGUGCUCCUUAUUGUUGAUUUGGCAGCGGCGGCUGGAACUCGAGCAUUUGUAAUUGGCAAAUGGUGCAUACUUGUUAUACACACGACCGCUGGUUUCAGCUUUCAGGCACGUUUACAUUAAGUUAUUUGGUCGCUAUUUCCAACACGUGCCGUGGAGCCUGGUACGGACAAGCUUUAUUCUGUCUUGAUAAUCUUUUGCAUUUUCAUUUGCUUUCAUGCUCGAGCUCUAAGAACGUCUCUGUAAACCAGAUGAUGUUAAAAGAUAAAAUUUUGGUUGUGGUUUC